UUUCUGCCAGUCUUUUGUUGCUCUUUCUCGAGUUCGGUCGGGUCGUCGUUUCUUUGUGUGAGGAAUCGAGUUUUCCUUUUUCCGUACGCGCAUCAUCAUCAGAGUGCUAGCUCAUCAAACGUAAAUAUUUUCCUUUUUUGUGUGCUCUGGUGGCAAAGCAGGCUGUGCAAAAGUUUUCUGUCGUUGUGUCAUUCGCCAUCAGCCAUGUACAAGUUCAAUCAUUAUUAGUGGAAGGAAAAAACGACUGUGGAACAGUGAAAAAGUGCUCGUGGAAACGCCAUUUGUGAUAAAUAAAGAAAAUUUUCGGGAAAAUCUCAUGGAAGGGUGAAAGUGUGAAGUUCAAAUCUGUACCAUGACGAUCAAACCGGUGAUAAAUCAGCAAAGUUCGGACGAUGGCCAAGAGGGCACCACUUCCCAGAAUCUGGUCCAAAAUGGAACCGUGGUGGGGCGGAACACUCAUCGGAAUGUUGUCCUGAAUCAGCUGUCGACGUCCGAAAGUCAACCACUCCCCAGGGAAAAACGGGUUCACACUCCGCACAAUUUUGACUCCGAAAAUGUUCGCCACAGGAGGAGCCCCCACAAAAACCUUGGCCGCACCAAACGAGAUCAUCAUCACAAGAGAGAAAAUCGCGAGCGGGACAAAAACCCAUCGCCAAGCUAUCCACCUGUGUUACCAACAGUGAACAACAAGAAACAAGCUGCACCAUCAUGUUCCAGUCCGAUGGGAAAUGCCGGUGGCCGGUCCCCGAUGAGUACAAUCCCUUCAAGCAGCAACCUGAAUGUGGUGGCAACGGGCAGCAACAGCAACAACUCGAUCAACUUGAAAGCUGCGAUUGAGGAAGCUCUAUCCGGAUACAACAGUGGAGACGAACAUGUCGGCCAGAAGGAUGCCCAGCUGACUCCCGACGAGUGGAAAAAGCGUGAUGAUGCCUUCGUCAAAAUUAUGUCCGAGCGAGGAUUCGUCAUAAAGGACAUGGUUGAGGAUGGUGCAUGUUUGUUCAGGGCCAUUUCCAUGCAAAUCUUCGGCGAUCAAGACAUGCACGAAAUGAUUCGGCAACAAACCAUGGAUUACAUAUACCAAAAUCGAGAAUAUUUUGCACAAUUCGUAACGGAAGAUAUCAACAGCUAUGUGACCAGGAAGCGGGCGAACCACGUUCAUGGAAAUCAUAUUGAGAUUCAAGCAAUGUCGGAAAUGUACAACCGCUCGGUGGAAUUGUAUUGUUAUCAGUUAGAACCAAUCAACAUUUUCAAUUCCGAGCAACUGAACAACGGAAAUGAGCCGCUACGGUUGUCGUAUCAACGGUGUUCGCACUACAAUGCAAUAUUAGAUCCGUACAAAGCCUCCGUCGGUGUCGGAUUAGGUUUAGCAGGAUAUAGGCCUGACGAAUUAGACAUCAAGCAAAUGGCAGAUGCAGUCCGAAUGAGCGAAGAGCUAGAAAUCGAGCAAACUAUGUUUGAGGAUAAGCUGAAAACCACUGACUGGGAAGCUACGAAUGAAGCAAUCGAAGAGCAGAUAGCGAGGGAAUCGUACUUGCAGUGGUGUCGUGAUAAUAUGCGUAAGAACUCCGGUAAGAACAGCAAAAGCACCAGCACAAUUACCUCUAGUGAUCUUGGUGGCGGCGGCGGCGGAGGCGCUGGUGGAUGCUGUAGCACUUCUGUGAGUCCGGAGAAAUCGCCGAAGCAAAACCUGGAAGCUGCUACGUCGUACUCAGAGUCGCUUCUGCGCGAAUUUCGGAAAUCGUCGUCUCCAUCGCCAUCGAAUCAUUCUUUCAACCAAGGAAGCUGUUCGUCAAGCUCGAAAAACAGCUCCUUCGAAUUGGAUUGUUCCCCCCCGGAGACUUCUUGUUCGGUUCAAUAUUACUUCAACAGCAGUAAUAGAAGAAAGAAACGCAAUUUGAACUCUCCGGUGGACAAACCCAGCACAGAAUUACUACCAAAAAAAUCUAAAUUAGUAUCCAAUCCUCCGGUGGAACACGAAGCUAAUAGUGGUGCAAGCACAUCGGGAACUGGCAAAAACGAUAACCGCCCGCGGGAAGAACCGGUUUCGGAGUUUUACCAAUCUUUGCUGGAAUCAUCGUACACGGAUGAUGGUAUGGAAUCACCUCUUUCCGUAGGCUUUGCACAACUAACCGAGCGAGAAAUGAUCCAGAAGGCCCUGGCCGAGUCAGCGAUGGACUUCGUCAAAAGGAGCGACCGAACGAAAGGCUCCCAGGAGGAUAAAUAUGGUACAACCGAUGAGGAAUACGAUUCGCCUUCGCCGUAAAUAGGGGCAGGGAUAGUGCUGUAAAAACUAUACUUUAAAUAUGCGAGUUAGGAUUUUUUUUUCUAUUUUCGGAAAUAGGUAGUAAACUUCCGUGCGUUGGCAAUAAAAGUAAAACGGAAAUAUUUGCCCAUGAUACAAAUACAGAACGUAGAAUACAGUUUAGCUUACCGUUGAAGAGAGUACAGAGAAUGGGGGUAAGAAAUUUAUCUUAUAUUCGUAAUUUUCUGCAUUGUCUUCUACUGCAUUCAGAGUAGGAUCUUUUCAAAAUUUCCAGCUACCUACACACGUUUAUUGGUCAAAUUCCUUUUUAAUUUUGGUCACGAUUACCUUCUUUAAUUUAAUGGUUAAUUUACUAAGCAAAUUUAGUUAUACUGCGCAAUUAAUAAUCAUUAAACUACAUAUAAAAUAUAAAUACAUACACAGCAAGUGUAGGCGCUUUAUUUAUGGCGUGCAACCUUUGAAUUUGAAAAAUAAAUAUAUGUCCAAACAGUAGUGAAAA